GAUCGCUUUCAAAGUGUCUGUAAACCACGGAGCAAACUGAUGAAAUUUUUUUAGUAAAACAGAUCUAAAAUUAAAAAAAAAAAUUGUAAAAAAAACUCCUUUGGCAUGGAAGUUGGCGUUACCCUAAGCAACGAACUUGAGGUUCAGAUUGCGGAAGCCUUUUGCAUCUUCGACACGCAUGGCGAUAAGUACAUUGACACCCGCAAUGUGGGCAACGUCCUCCGCUUUCUGGGAUGUGCACCCACCGAAAAGGAGGUUCUUGAGGUCAUUAAAGCCACCGAAUCUACGGAUUACCCUGGUGAGGCUCACAUAUCCAAAUUCAUGGCCCACGUCUCCGUUCUGCUCAUGGAUCACAAAAUGGAACCGGCAUCGGCUGUAAAGAUAAUGGAGGCCUUUGAAGUCCUGGACCCGGAGAACAAGAAGUACUUGACCAAGGAGUACUUCGGCAAACUGAUGGCCGAGGAAGGGGAGCCCUUCACGGAGGAGGAGCUGGAGGAGAUGUGGCCGGUGGCAAUAGAUCCGAUUACCGGAAACAUUCCCUUCAUUUUCUACCUGAACCAACUAAAGCACAAGACCAAAAUCUACGAAGUCGCUGAUGCGGUGAAGGAAGAAUUAGCCCAGGCCGAAAAGGAGAAGGGUAAAAAGCCCCCGCCAACAGCGCCUUAAAUACGAAGGAUAAAAAAGUUGAUUUCGUUUACCAAAUUGUGCGUGAAUUUAAAAUUGUUUUGUAAGGUAGCAAACCAUUUCAAAUAAAUUGUU